AUGCCUGGGCAUUUUGGUCAGAAAGUCCUCAAGACCCUUGGUAUCGACCCAAGCAGCCACCAUCAGAGCUCCGCGGACGUUCAACUUCCAGGCAGACCAGCAGUGAACAACGAUGAACGUGGAUUGUCUUCACCCCCAAACAAUGGCACAUAUCCGCGCCUAUGUAGGCUUUCAGACGGGUCUAUCCUCUCCUCCUUCACUCGGUUCCCCGACGGACAACGCUCACUGCGUGUCGCCAAAAGUACCGACAACGGUCGCACGUUCGAGGACUUCGCCGAAGUUACCCGCGCUGCAGGCGACGUGGAUAACAUGUUUUUGUGCGAGGUGGUCCCUGGGACAGUGCUAGCAGCCUUCCGCAACCAUGACGUGGGCCCAAAUGGUCCCACCCAUUUCCGUAUCACUGUCUGCCGGUCCACAGAUGGUGGCCGAGUUUGGCAAUUUGCCUCCCAAGCCGCAGAGAAACGGCCCCCGAUGGGUAUCUGGGAGCCGUUCAUGCGACUAGGUCGCCAGGGUGAGGUACAGCUUUACUUCUCCCAGGAGUUCGCCCACAACAAUCAAUGUACCAUGCUUGUCGUUUCCCGGGAUCACGGAAGUUCUUGGACUCAACCGAUCUGUCUUCAUGGUGAUCAGGAUCCGCUUCGUGAUGGAAUGAGUGGAAUUGCGCGAACCUUUGACAACGGCCGCGAAGCUCUUCUCAUGGUCUUUGAAACGACUCGAUACGGUCCAUUUAAUGUUGAAGCCCUUCUCUCAUAUGAUGACGGUGCCACCUGGGGUUGGCGCCAUGAAGUUUACCGCCCAAGGCAGGGCCAUAAUGCUGGCUCGCCGCAGAUUGCAUCGUUCGCUGACGGGUCACUGGCUGUGGUAUUCAUGACCGACGAAGACUCCAACCACGUAGACUGGGUGAAGAAUGCUUCUAUCAAGGUUGUUUUUGCUGGUCCGCCCCGAGAAGGACGGGUUCAAUGGAGUCAAGCUUCCCUUGUUUCGCCGGCCUCCAGUUUCUGGCCUGGAAUUAUGGCUCUCGAUCACCAUACUGUGUUGGUGACUUAUGAUCGAGGGGGACCUCUUGCCAAGACGGUCACCUGGCACCCCUGGUAA